UCUAAAAUCAGCGUAGAAAUAGCCGAUAGAUGCCAAAUAGCAGGCGAGGAAGGAGAAUUUCGUCGCUAUUGGAGUUUAGAAAGAUCGCUCAUGUGAAAAGAGUUGACAGAAAGAAACCGGAUAAGAGAAAGAGGAUGCGACGUAUCACGUUUCGCUAAUAAAAAAAAACAAAGAAUCUUCGAAAAGGGCAGCUCAUUCCUCAAAGUCCCGCAGAAUCCAACUUCGCUCAUCAUUCAAGUGUUUUUUUUUUGUGUUAUUAGUGCUCAAUAUUUUAUUAAAUUUACUAUAUGCGGGCGGUAGAUGCUCGUGGACUUGAAAAAGCAGCCGUCGUACCUAGGUACAUGGCCAAUGGACAGUGGGAAUAUAAAGGUGUCCCAAAACAGUGUUGAGACACUGCUAAAGCAGCAGCUGAAGUGGACGAUGAGGAGGCAUGAGUGAAGCCCGUUGAUCCAUCAAAAGGACCAGCGGGGGGAGAAGACCCAAUUUUAUCCACUGGUCUUCCUCUUGCAUUUGGAAUUCCCAAAAGUUGUGGCUUCAAUCCUGUGAAAUUGCCGGGAAUAAUAUGGCGGGGUGGAGGGUCAUCGCAACUUGUGCUACUGUCAUCGUUGCUGCACUUAUCGCUUGUAUGAAAGCAGAACAAGUCGUUUUACUGGACACAACCAACGAGGAAAUUCUGGAUUGGACGAAGUAUCCUUAUGGACCUCAAGCUACAACACCUGGGUGGGUGGAAGAAUCAUUUACCAACUUCGACAAAGGUAUCAACUGGCGGAGUUAUGUAGUAUGUGAUGUUGCAUACAACAACGUUAACAAUUGGCUGUGGACACCGUUCAUCGAGCGUGGACCGGCCAAUCGUAUGUACAUUGAAAUUAAGUUCACAACAAGAGAUUGUUCGCUGUUCCCGGGGAAUGCACUAAGUUGUAAGGAGACAUUCUCAUUAUUAUACUACGAAUUUGAUGCUGCCACGAAAGAACCACCGCCGUGGGAGCCCGAAAGCUACAAAUUAAUUGGUCGAAUCGCAGCCGGCGAAGGUCGAUUCAACACAAAUGCAGAAGUCGUAAUAAACUCAGAAGUAAAAUCAAUACCCGUAACGAAAAAAGGAGUAUACUUUGCAUUCAGAGAUCAGGGUGCUUGUAUAUCGAUACUAGCCAUCAAAGUAUAUUACAUCAGUUGCCCUGAGGUAUCAGUGAACUUUGCCCAUUUCGCAGCAACGCCAACCGGCCGUGAAGUUACACUUAUUGAGCAAACAAUUGGCACUUGCGUUGAAAAUGCGGAGAAAAUUGAUCAGCCAACCUUUUUGUGUAAAGGCGAUGGCAAGUGGUCUCUUCCCUCCGGUGGUUGCCACUGUAAACCAGGUUAUCAGGCUGAUGUUGAGAAGCAGCAGUGCAUUGAGUGUCCAAUUGGCAAAUACAAACAUGAAGCUGGCUCUGAGACUUGUGAGAAGUGCCCGGCUCACAGUACAGCGACCGAUUAUGGAUUUGUUGAAUGCCGCUGUGAUGUUGGGUAUUUCAGGGCGUCAAAGGAUCCUAAGAGCAUGCCCUGUACACAACCACCAUCAGCCCCGCAAAAUUUGACUGUCAACUUUGUGGAUCAGUCAACGGUGAUUCUAUCGUGGAAUGCACCACAUAUUCUCGGUGGAAGGUCGGAUACAACGUACAGAGUCGUGUGUGAUGCCUGCAGUACAGGCGUCAAGUAUAUUCCCAACACCGAAAUUUUCAAUGACACAAAGAUCACGAUAACUGGGUUGAAUGCAGUGACGACAUAUCGUUUCCAAGUGUUCGCUGAAAAUGGUGUUUCACCACUGUCUGGUCGCUCCGAAUAUGUGGAUAUUACGGUCACUACCGAGGCUAGUGUCCCGAGUCUCGUGAGCAAUGUGAGAAUUACAAAUGUCAAAGGCACUGAAUUGAGUAUAAGUUGGGAUGCACCAGUUACCGAAGUUACUGGAGACAGUGAUUUGGUGGAGAGAUAUGAAGUAAGGGGAUACCCGAGAUACGACGAUGCAACAAAUGCAACAGUUCUCCAAACUCAUGAUUUAUCAGCGACAUUUAAGGGAUUAAAACCCGGUACUGAUUAUGCUAUUCAAGUGCGUGCUAAAACUACACGCGGAUGGGGAGAAUAUACACCGGUGAUUUACAAGAAGACUGCCCAUGCCAUGGGACUAGAUUAUGUUGGGGACGAUGACAAUAUGCAAGUACGAAUUAUUGCUGGUGCCAUUGUCGCCGUUGUCGUGCUGCUGGUGAUAAUUAUUAUCAUGACCGUGCUCUUUCUCAGAAGCAGGGCCUCUGACGAGUGCAACAAGAAACAGCCCAGUGACUGCGACACUUUGGAGUAUCGAAACGGUGAAGGACUAGUUGUGACCUACAUGCACUGCAAAAUGGACAGUUCACCGAUUGUGACAACCCAUACCAACAACAAGAGCAAGUCCUCGCUGACGACACCGCUCUUCACGCCUGCAGUGGGAGUAACAUCAGCUGGUGCUGGUGGUGCUGGUGGUGCCGGUGCACGAAGCUACGUUGAUCCUCACACGUACGAGGAUCCUAAUCAAGCUGUACGUGAAUUUGCGAGAGAAAUUGAUGCUGGAUACAUCACGAUAGAAGCCAUCAUUGGAGGUGGUGAAUUCGGUGACGUGUGUAGGGGAAAAUUGAAGCUUCCACCUGACGGUAGAACCGAGAUAGACGUGGCAAUAAAAACAUUGAAGCCAGGCUCAGCAGACAAAGCUCGAAAUGAUUUCUUAACAGAGGCAUCGAUAAUGGGUCAAUUUGAACACCCAAAUGUGAUAUUUUUACAAGGUGUCGUAACAAAGAGUAAUCCCGUGAUGAUAAUCACGGAAUUUAUGGAGAAUGGAAGUCUCGAUACGUUUUUGCGUGCCAAUGAUGGUAAAUUUCAAGUACUCCAGUUGGUCGGUAUGCUCAGAGGUAUAGCCAGUGGUAUGCAAUAUCUCGCGGAGAUGAAUUAUGUCCAUCGCGACUUGGCAGCGAGAAAUGUACUGGUCAAUGCUGCAUUGGUGUGUAAAAUUGCUGAUUUUGGGCUGAGUCGAGAAAUUGAGAGCGCUACUGAGGGAGCUUACACGACAAGGGGUGGAAAAAUACCGGUGCGAUGGACCGCCCCCGAAGCAAUAGCCUUCCGCAAAUUUACAAGCGCAUCUGACGUGUGGAGCAUGGGAAUUGUCUGUUGGGAAGUGAUGUCGUACGGCGAGAGACCGUACUGGAACUGGUCUAAUCAAGAUGUGAUAAAAUCUAUUGAAAAGGGCUACAGGCUACCAGCGCCAAUGGACUGUCCUGAAGCCAUCUAUCAAUUGAUGCUGGAUUGUUGGCAGAAGGAGCGAACGCAUCGGCCAACUUUUUCCAAUUUAACUCAAACCCUCGACAAACUCAUCAGGAGCCCUGAUACCCUCAGGAAAAUCGCCCAAAACAGGGGAACCAAUCCACUUGCCCCAGACGCAGUGGAUUUGACACAAUUGACAUCGGUCAGUGAAUGGCUAGAAUCAAUAAAAAUGUCACGUUAUGCACAAAGUUUCGAGAGAGCUGGUGUAACGACACUCGAGGCAGCGGCUAGAGUAACAGUACAAGAAUUAACAGCCCUCGGUAUCACUCUCGUUGGCCAUCAGAAGAAAAUAAUGAACAGUGUGACAGCAUUGAGAGCUCAAAUGUCAGCAACUUCGCAGGGUUUUCUCGUUUAAAUAGAUCUCGAAAAAGAUAAAUACUCAAAUCCUUUCAUUAAGUGAAUUUUUUAACGAGGAAUCCUACACAUUCCAUUCAAAUUGGGACGUCUGAGACACUCCAAGGAACCAGUAUUCUCAUCCAUAUAGCUUCAUACGAAAUAGUGAUUAUUAUGAGAGGAAAAAAGAAGCACGAAAAUAAUGAAAAAUCACUGCCUGAAUUUUUAAUUAAUUUCUAUUCUCCGAAGGAAUACUCGGUUUCGUUAUUACUCAAUGUAAAAAUACUGAUCAACUCUCGAUAUUAUCUUGUAAUAUUUUUUCACGUUGUAGUUCCACUUAUCGAAUGUCUUAUACAGCGAAUUCUUGUCAUGUAUAGCCUACAUUAAACAACGAGCGAUUUCGAAUGGCCUAGAUAUUAAGCCGCAUUUUUUAAUUUUUUUAUUGAUUGUGAAUGAGUAAGUAUGAACACUUUCGUUUGAAAUUGUUAAAUGAGAGGGAUAUUUCAACUGGCUUUGUGAAUGGUGAUUUGAGGCAACAAAAAACCAUUGAACGAAAUUGUAAUGACAUAAGGGAAAAUAUGUUUGUGCCAAUUUAAGGGAAUUUCCCCACAUUCCUGUGAGAUUUUUAAAUGUUCUGUUAAUGGUUGAACGAUGAGGAAAUCUAAGGGAUUAAUGUAGUCAGGCGAAUGUUGUUCUGGAAGGACAUAUCAAGAAGAUAAUUUAAUAUGAAAAAGUGAGGAGGGCAGUCCAAUCGCCAUUGCUGGAGACUGAUAUCCUCUAAUUAGUUUUUUCACUCGCUGCCCGAGAUUGUUGUCAAUUUUUUGCAAUGAGAUAAAAAUUGCUGCUGUAUUUCCCACAAGUUUUGUUGGGCCAUUGACGGGCCAUUGGACUGAGUCAAUUUAUUUUCUUCGUUGAAUGGUUUUCACGUUCUCUCAACAUCGGAUUGACUUUGAAAUUUUCAAAAAAGACUGUCUCCAGAAUUAUUUGUAAUUCCUUUUAAGACUACUCUUUUCGUUUUUUUCGCGUCAAUCCUCGAACGAUGUUUGCAAUGUGAAAGUGAAACUCAAGAUUGAAUUAUAAAUUUUUGGCGAUUUUAAAUAUAAAUAUUAGAGAAUAAGGAUUACCCGGAGAUUGAAAAUAUGAGAACACGAAUAGUCAUUGAUGGAGGCAACGGCAUUGAGACGAUAUGGGGAAAAUACACAUGGAAAUGCAGAUUUUUAUAUAGAAAAGAUGUUAUAUAAAUUUAAUAAAAGAUUUCAAAUGAUGAUAUUACUUAUCACUAGCGCUACCUUCGGGAGGUUCGUACGAAAAAUUUUUUAUAUCAUUUAUCAGUUUUGAUUGGAGAAACGGGUGGAGAGGGAAGUGAAAAGGGAAGAGUCUUCAGCCAUAGAGAGUAUUUCAACGAGAAUUAUGAUUGUAAAUAUGAAAUUCAUCACAGCUUCGAAGAUUUAAAAAUCGGAUAAAUCAUUAAGAAUAUUAGGAGAUCCUAUUAUUAACUUUUAUCACUGAUUAGCUAUUCCUGUAUUUUUUAUCCAAUGCUAGUAGUAAUGUCGUGUAUAUUCGCGAGAGGAGGUCUAUCUCAGUGAAGAUAUUUUUUUCUUUUUUUAAUUAAACAGCCGGUAGGAUAGGGGUGGUGGUACGGAUAUCGAGACUUGAAUUUUUUCAGAGUGUCAAAUAUGAAGAGGUCUUGAAAGUAAUGAAUUACUGAAGUGCGGAGAAAAAUUCGUUCAUUUUGUAGGAACUGGAUGAAUUUUGUCAAAGGGAAUCUGACGAAGAUGAAUAAUUUUAAGAAAUAUUUGAGAAUACGAAGUGGUUGAGUGCUUGAUUAAAUCUUGUUUGAAAAUGAAUAUUAAGAUUAUUAAAAUUAUUUAUCGUCUUCAGAUCACCCUCAAUUCGCUUAAACAAAUGCUUUGAAAAAUUAAAAAUUUUGAAAGAGCGUUUUUAUUUUAUAUUGAGGAAUACUGCGAAUAAUGAGAAAAUUAGAAAUGUAUUAUUUACCAUGGUAAAUGGUAAUGGAUAAACUCUUAAAUCCUUUGGUAGACUGCCCAUAGACAACUGAUCCGGAAAAGGCUCUUUCAAAAUUUUAAAAAUAUUUUAAACAAUUUUUUGAUUGCACUUUCACUAUGAAAUAAUGAUCAUUCGCGGCGUAAAACUGUUAUGAAACAUGAGGUGCUAAUCAGCUGUCACUUUUAUGGAGAAUUAAAUUAAAGUGACAGUUGACAAUCAAGUAGUAAUUUCCAUGAAAGUGUCGGCUGAUUUGCACCUCAAUGUUCAUAACAGUUUUACGCGGCGAAUAGUCAUUAUUCGGUAGUGAAAGUGUAAUCAAAAAAUUUUUGAAAGAGCCUUUUUUUAAUCAGUUGCUUAUGUGCACUGUAUCAAAGAAUUUACGAGUUCGUCCUUCUCCCCCCCUGACAGCGGUUGACACGAUGCCAUUUGCCACUGUAAAUAAUACAUUUCCAAUUUUCUCAUUUUUUGCAUUAUUCCUCAAUAAAAGUGAAAAACGCUCUUUCAAAUUUUCCAAUUUUUUUUACUUUUUUUGAGCAUACAUUUGUAUUUUUUGCAGUUCUGCGUCGCGCAAAACCGAAUGGAAAUUUCCAGAUUAAAAAAUCGACAAAAAAGGAUCUUGGACAUUUGGAAUGUUUGAAUCCCCUUGAGACUCAGAGCUCAUAGUGCAGAGUUUUCCCGCAUUUCAGUGGUUUUUUUACUCCCAGGGGCCUCUUAAGAAUCAGAUAUCAGAGUGACAUAUAAAGUGUGGGAUUUUCCAACCAUGAAAAGGUGAAAUCAUCUGUCAAACACAAAAUGAAGAAAUUUGAAAGUCAAAUAUCAUUAGCUAUAUACGAAGAGUCUAACGUAACAAUAUUCAACUCUCCACAUUUUUCAAUUUUCUUCUAAAUGAUUCAUAAACUGAAAAUCCACCAUUCGUGUUUCACCAGUCCUUUGGGCAUUUAAAUAAAAAAAGAAAGAAGCCAGGAAUGGCAUUCGUUAAAGGAGAGAGUCAGUUUUUAGCAACAUUGUGCAGCUAAUUGUUUCAUAUUGUCAGUAGCAAAAUUUAUAAAUAAAAAAAAAUGUUGACUAAAAUGUAUGACUGCGAAGAAUAAUAUUAUCCAAUGCCGCGCUCUCUACUUAAUUUUUAUAUAAUUAGAACAAUGCCUCAAUAUUAUUUAUUUUAGGAAAUUACACAAGUGAGUAAAAGCCCGAUGGAGAAUAUUUCAAAAUCAUAAAUUGAGGAAACCUAUUUAUUCGAUGCUCGUGAUUGGACUGAAUCAGUCAAAAAGGGAUGAACUGGCGUUGAAAACGCAUUCUUCCUUUUUUAUAAAUAAAUUAUUACUGUUCCAGAGGCAUGUGUUAUCUACAAUUGGAAAGUUUUUCGAGAGCUUUGAAACUCGUAAAAACCGAGAGGAAAAAUCUCUGUAAUAAAUUAUUUGCUAUUAAUUUUACAAUUAAUGACACUGAAAUUUAAUUACAAACCACAGCUGACGUGCAGCUAAAUUUCUUGCUAAAGUACCUGCUUCGGAUUUUUUCAUUUAUAACAGAAAAAAAUCUGUCUUUCUUUCGAUAACGAAAAUGUGGCGAAGUAAUUCGGUGGAAAAACGAUGUAUAGCUGAAGAAAAAAGUGAGAAAUAUAACGAAAAACUGAGCGACGAAGAAAACCAGGUACCGUCCCAUAAACCUACAGUCAAAUGAGAGUAAUAUACUUCCGACAGACGAUUUUCUAUUCUUCCAUUUUCAGUUGGAACUUGAGAAAGAAUUGAGAAUGGAUGACCCUCCAGUUCUUUAUUGUAUAAAAUUGUCACAAAUUCUAAGCAAAUAGAGAUAAUGCCGAGGAAACAAAAAUAUAUAGAGAGGCAUAGAUAUGGAGGGUGGAAGUGGGAGUGAGAAAAUUAUUAUUGAGUCUUGAGAAAUUGUCUUGAGAUACAUUUGAGGAAGCAAAAAAUUUUUUUCCUAUGGUGUUGUCAAAAUGAUGUUAAAUGUACAUAAGAUAUAAUAAAUAAUCUACCUUA